AGUGUGCACUGCUUGGUGCCCUGGCUCCCAUCCCCAGGGUCCUGACUGCGCAGAGGACUGGGACUGAGCUGGGGCCUUUUGGCACGGAUUCGGGCAGGUGUACUGAUCCCGGAGCCUCUGUGCUGUGCAGAUGAAGCCACGGGUGGACACCUCACUGGGAGCAGGGAAAGAGGUGCAGGGACAAGCCCAGGGGCGUGUGGCACGGAAACAGUGCAGGGGCAGCUGGCAGAGCCCCCACCAGAGCAGGGAGCAGCAUGCAGAGCCACCCAGGCUCCUCACAGCUCCGGAUGAAGGGAGGAUGAUCAGUCCCCAGGAGCACCUGGAUAGGGUUUUGGCUGGGAGCAAGGAGAGCAUGGAGAGCGUCAGUGAGGAACCAGGCACGGAGCUGGCUUUUUGCACUGGAGAUGAUGAUGGGAUUGAGGAAGAUGGAGAAACCCCAGAGGAGCAGCUGCCGAGUUUCCCCAGUGAGCUCUCAGUGCUGGAGAAAUUGGGACUGCACAGCACAAAUUUGACGGAGCAGGACGUGGAGGCAGCCUUUGCCCACCUCGCCCUGGCGUUUCGCUGCGACAUGUUCACCCUGCAGCAACGAGUGCAGGUGGAGAAGCGAGCACAAGAUGCAGCAGAGGAAAACAUUCAGGAGGAGCUGGGGCAGUGCCGGACUUUCCUGGAGAGGCUGACUGCAUCCUGCAUGGAUGUGAGCUGCAAGGAGGUGCUGGAGCAGCUGCAGUGCAGCCUGGCUGUGCUGGCAGCUGCCAUCAAGCGUGCCACCAGUGCUGCAGAGAAGCUGGGAGCUGUCCACCAGGAGGCACGGAUGAGCCGAGCAGCAGAGGUGAUGGUCCAGCAUGUGGAGAACCUGAAGCGGCACCACCUGCGUGAGCACGCUGAGCUAGAGGAGAUGAAGUGCCUGAUCCAGCAGAACUCCCGCAACCGGCAGUUGGCAGAGACCCAGGAUGAUGCAGAGCAGCGGCUGAGGCUUCACCCCCUGAUGCGAGGUUUCCAGCAGUCAUCUGCACGCCGCCGAGUCAGCAUUGCUGUCAUCCCAAAGCAGCUCUUGCCAGCUUCUGGCGUGGAUGGCCGAGCAACCCUGGCUGGCGGGCCUGAGGGUGCCCAACACCAGACCAGCACCCAGAGGAGCAAACUGGAGCCACCAAGCCAGGGCAAGCUGGUGUGCGAGGGGCUAGUGGUGGAAGCAGGUGGCAAGCAGUUGGAAUCAAUCGCAGGGGGCAAGGAGCUGGGGCAGCUCAGGAUGAUGUCCAAGGAGUCCUCUGUGGAGCUGUGGCAGCCGUGGCUCUUCAUCUCACAGCCCUACUGGGUUGUGUUCUGCCUGCUUCUCCUGAGCGUCGCCUUCCUCCUCCUUCUCCACCUUUUGGAGCUGCAGCGGCUGCAGCCUGCAGCAUCACCCAAAGCUUAGCUGCACCCACUCCCCAUCACUGCUCCUCCUGACACUCUUUCCCCCUCCUCCCUCCCUGCUCUCCCACCAAAACCACGGAGA